UAAUUAUCUCUCUAAAAUACUAUUAACUGCUUAGCUCAUAACUCAGUUUGAAUAUUUUCGUCCGCAAAGGAUGAAGUUUUUUGUUAUUUGCAGUGUGGUUAUUAUGGGGAUAACAUUGGACUUAGAAGCCGUGCCUACACCGUCGCAGCUUCAUUUGGAAGAAAAUGCUAUACUCAACAGUGGAUGGUGGAAUACAUCUGAGUCAGAAGAUUCACACGAUAUCUGUUCAUGGUAUGGUAUAUCUUGCAACGAUGUUGGAAGCAUAACUAGAAUCAAAUAUCAAUUUUAUACACCAACAGGGAUUCCAUUAGCAACACUAAACCUCUCCGUUUUCAAGAAUUUAGAAUGGUUUGAGGUCGCAGGCAGUGGAUUACAAGGGACUAUACCACCUGAUAUUGGUAAUCUCCCUAAACUCACUCAUCUCGAUUUGUCCUAUAAUUCACUUGAUGGUGAGAUACCUCUUGCACUGGCAAAUCUUUCCCAAUUAGAGAGACUAGACCUUUCAAAAAAUGAACUUCAAGGCUCCAUUCCUCCUGAGUUGUUGUUUCUAAAAAGUCUUACUUGGUUAGAUUUGUCCUAUAAUUCACUUGAUGGUGAAAUACCUCCGGCAUUGGCAAAUCUUACCCAAUUAGAGAGGCUAGACCUUACAAAAAACAAAUUUCAAGGCUCCAUUCCUCCUGAGUUGUUGUUUCUAAAAAGUCUUACUAGGUUAUAUUUGUCAAAUAAUUCACUUGAUGGUGAAAUACCUCCUGCACUGACAAAUCUUACCCAGUUAAAGACUCUAGGACUUUCAAGCAACAAAUUUCAAGGCUCCAUUCCUCCUGAGUUGUUGUUUCUAAAAAGUCUUACUUGGUUAGAUUUGUCCAAUAAUUUACUUGAUGGUGAGAUACCUCCUGCACUGACAAAUCUUACCCAGUUAGAGAUUCUAGGUCUUUCAAACAACAAAUUUCAAGGCUCCAUUCCUUCUGAGUUGUUGUUUCUAAAAAAUCUUAUUGUCUUAGAUUUGUCCUAUAAUUCACUUGAUGGUGAGAUACCUCCUGCACGGGCAAAUCUUACCCUGUUAGAGAGACUAGACCUUUCUCACAACAAAUUUCAAGGCCCCAUUCCUGGUGAGUUGUUGUUUCUAAAAAAUCUUACUUGGUUAGAUUUGUCCUAUAAUUUACUUGAUGGUGAGAUACCUCCUGCACUGGCAAAUCUUACCCAGUUAGAGAUGCUAGACCUUUCAAACAACAAAUUUCAAGGUCCCAUUCCUCGUGAGUUGUUGUUUCUAAAAAAUCUUACUUGGUUAGAUUUAUCCUAUAAUUCACUUGAUGGUGAGAUACCUCCUGCACUGACAAAUCUUACCCAAUUAAAGAGCCUAACCAUUUCUAAUAAUAAAUUUCAAGGCCCCAUUCCUGGUGAGUUGUUGUUUCUAAAAAAUCUUACUUGGUUAGAUUUGUCCUAUAAUUCACUUGAUGGUGAGAUACCUCCUGCACUGACAAAUCUUACCCAAUUAGAGAGCCUAAUCAUAUCUCACAACAACAUUCAAGGCUCAAUUCCUGAGUUGUUGUUUCUAAAAAAUCUCACUAUCUUAGAUUUGUCCAAUAAUUCACUUGAUGGUGAGAUACCUCCUGCACUGGCAAAUCUUACCCAAUUAGAGAGCCUAAUCAUAUCUGACAACAACAUUCAAGGCUCAAUUCCUGAGUUGUUAUUUCUAAAAAAUCUCACUGUCUUAGAUUUGUCCUAUAAUUCACUUGAUGGUGAGAUACCUCCUGCACUGGCAAAUCUUACGCAAUUACAAAGACUAAUUAUCUCUUACAACAACAUUCAAGGCCCCAUUCCUGGUGAGUUGUGGUUUCUAAAAAAUCUUACUGUCUUAGAUUUGUCCUAUAAUUCACUUGAUGGUGAGAUACCUCCAGCACUGACAAAUCUUACCCAAUUAGAGAACCUAAUCAUAUCUCACAACAACAUUCAAGGUUCAAUUCCGCAGAAUUUGGUUUUCUUGAAAAGUCUUACUUUGUUAGAUCUAUCAGCCAACAAAAUCAGUGGGACCUUGCCCUUGUCACAGACAAAUUUCCCACGUUUAAUAUUCCUUGACAUUUCCGACAAUCUACUUUCUGGUUCCUUAAAACCCUUGUCAGUAGGAAACCAUGCACAGCUAACUAGUAUUUACCUCAGAAACAACUCAAUUAGUGGAAAAAUUCCACCAGAGCUUGGAUAUUUGCCUUUCUUAACUACUCUGGAUCUAAGCUACAAUAAUCUUACCGGAACAGUUCCUCUAUCUAUGCAAAAUGUCUUUAACUUGAGGCUUUCAUUCAACAAUUUGAAGGGUCCCAUUCCAUAUGGUUUCAGUGGGAGUGAGCUAAUAGGGAACAAGGGUGUAUGUAGCGAUGAUUUCUAUUACAUAGCUACACAUCAAUUCAAGCGUUGUUCAGCCCAAGACAACUUAGUAGUCAUGGCCGGCAGCAACAAAGUAAGGCACAAGCACAAUCAGCUGGUCAUAGUUCUCCCUAUCCUCAUUUUUCUAAUCAUGCUCUUCUUACUAUUCGUGUGUCUGAGGCACAAUCGCAUUGCAACUAAGAACAAACAUGCAAACACAACAGCAGCCACUAAGAAUGGGGACUUGUUCUGUAUAUGGAAUUAUGAUGGAAGCAUAGCCUAUGAAGACAUCAUUACAGCAACCGAAGACUUUGACAUGAGAUAUUGUAUUGGAACAGGUGCCUAUGGGAGCGUUUAUAGGGCACAGUUACCAAGUGGCAAGAUUGUUGCCGUGAAAAAACUCCACGGAUUUGAAGCAGAGGUGGCAGCUUUUGAUGAGAGUUUCAGAAAUGAGGUCAAAGUAUUAUCAGAAAUAAAGCAUCGACAUGUUGUGAAGCUCCAUGGAUUCUGCUUGCACAGAAGAAUCAUGUUUUUGAUAUAUGAGUACAUGGAGAGAGGCAGCUUGUUUUCAGUGUUGUUUGAUGAUGUGGAAGCCAUGGAAUUGGAUUGGAAAAAGAGGGUUAACAUUGUGAAAGGCACUGCACAUGCUCUGUCCUAUCUUCAUCAUGACUUCACUCCUCCAAUUGUGCAUAGAGACAUAUCAGCCAGCAAUGUCUUGCUUAACUCAGACUGGGAGCCCAGUGUUUCAGACUUUGGCACAGCCCGAUUCCUUAGCAUUGAUUCAUCCUAUCGAACUAUAGUUGCCGGAACCAUUGGGUACAUAGCCCCAGAGCUUGCAUAUAGUAUGGUUGUGAGUGAAAGGUGUGAUGUGUACAGCUUUGGAGUGGUGGCACUCGAAACUUUGGUGGGAUCGCAUCCUAAGGAAAUACUCUCAUCACUUCAAUCAGCAUCUACUGAGAAUGGCAUCACAUUAUGUGAAAUAUUGGACCAACGCCUCCCACAGGCAACAAUGUCAGUUUUAAUGGAAAUAGUUAGUGUUGCCAUAGUUGCAUUUGCGUGCUUAAAUGCCAAUCCUUGCUCUCGCCCAACAAUGAAAUCGGUCUCUCAAUGUUUUCUUACUCAGCUUACACCAUUAGACAUUCCUUUGCGUGAGAUUUCAUUGCAGCAGCUCAUGAGUCAAGAACUCAGGCAUUAUUUAAAUUUGUGAACUCCUGAAAGUGAAACUUCUAGUUGAAAUUAGAUGUGUCAGCAUUCAAUAAACUUGUUGUCAAAUGACUUCAUGAAGUUCUGUUUUGAAGUUGAAUUAGUUCUCGUGAUAUGUUGUUUGUAUGGAUUACAAAACUUGUUUAGUUUGUAAUUUAAUAAAAAUCAGGAAUAUGAGGUACCACAAAAA